GGAAGAAUGGAUAGAACCACAGAGAUAGGAACCGAAGGAAAAGAAGGUCAAGCACAGGUGGCUGGCUGGCUCCAACCGUUUCGGCGGAGCGUUCAAUCUAACACUUCCCUCGGUUCCAUCGACAUUUUUCUCCAUAUAUCUCUACUUUCUCCUCUAUUCCCCUAAUUCUCACUUUCUUUUUUCUCUCUCACUGAUUCUUGUUCACAUCCAACUUUAGUUUGGCCUUUUUUUCUUUUGCAAUGGCAAUGGCAAUGGAUGCUUCAAUGACUAUGUGCAAAUCUGUCACCUCACCUCCUGGUUUAUUCUUGGGGAGAAAUAGAGGUAUCAGGAGUUCCCAAUGUACCUUUAUGGUGGGAAGCAGGAUCAACUUUCCUAGGCACAAAACCCAGUCAACACAAGUUAGAUGUAAAUCUAGUAAGCGUGGAGGUGCUCUUGCUGUUACAUGCCUUGCUGAGAAAAUUCUGGUGGCAAAUAGAGGAGAAAUCGCUGUUCGGGUAAUCCGAACAGCUCAUGAGAUGGGAAUACCCUGUGUAGCUGUUUACUCAACAAUAGAUAAGGAUGCACUCCAUGUAAAAUUGGCUGAUGAAUCAGUUUGCAUAGGUGAAGCACCAAGCAGUCAAUCGUAUUUAUUGAUUUCCAAUGUCCUAUCUGCUGCAAUUAGCCGCAACUGUACUAUGCUUCAUCCUGGAUAUGGUUUCCUUGCUGAGAAUGCAGUGUUUGUAGAAAUGUGCCGAGAUCACGGAAUCAACUUUAUUGGGCCUAAUCCUGACAGUAUUCGUGUUAUGGGUGACAAAUCGACUGCCCGAGAAACAAUGAAGAAUGCAGGUGUUCCUACUGUUCCUGGAAGUGAUGGAUUGUUACAGAGUACAGAGGAAGCAAUCAAGCUUGCCCAUGAGAUUGGCUUUCCUGUGAUGAUCAAGGCCACAGCUGGGGGUGGAGGGCGUGGAAUGCGUCUUGCUAAUGAGCCUGAUGAGUUUGUGAAGUUACUGCAGCAAGCCAAAAGUGAAGCUGCUGCUGCAUUUGGAAAUGAUGGAGUUUAUUUGGAGAAGUACAUUCAAAAUCCAAGGCACAUUGAGUUCCAGGUUCUUGCAGAUAAACAUGGUAAUGUUGUUCACUUUGGUGAGCGUGACUGCAGCAUCCAGAGACGUAAUCAAAAACUUCUAGAAGAGGCACCUUCUCCAGCAUUGACACCAGAGCUGCGGAAGGCCAUGGGUGACGCAGCAGUUGCUGCAGCAGCAUCCAUUGGUUACAUUGGUGUAGGAACUGUUGAGUUUCUUUUGGAUGAAAGAGGUUCCUUUUACUUCAUGGAAAUGAACACUAGAAUCCAGGUGGAGCAUCCUGUAACUGAAAUGAUUUCCUCUGUUGACUUGAUUGAAGAACAAAUUCGUGUAGCUAUGGGAGAAAAACUUUGCUACAAACAGGAAGAUAUUGUGCUUAGAGGACACUCAAUUGAAUGUCGUAUCAAUGCAGAAGAUGCAUUUAAAGGAUUCAGACCUGGGCCAGGGAGAAUAACAUCAUACUUGCCAUCUGGAGGCCCAUUUGUUCGAAUGGAUAGCCAUGUUUAUUCUGAUUAUGUAGUUCCUCCAAGCUAUGAUUCAUUACUUGGAAAGCUUAUUGUAUGGGCUCCAACAAGGGAAAAAGCAAUUGAGCGUAUGAAAAGGGCUCUUGAUGACACUGUAAUUACAGGGGUUCCGACAACGAUUGAAUACCAUAAACUCAUCCUUGAUAUUGAGGACUUCAGAAAUGGAAAGGUUGACACUGCUUUCAUUCCAAAACAUGAAGAAGAGUUAGCAGCGCCACAUCAAAUGGUACUAGCAACCCCUGCCAAAGAAUUGGCAAGUGCAACCGCUUAGAUGGGUUAGUAGUCUUCUGUUUUGUGUGAUGAUUCAUGAACGUAAAGUAGAUUCACAGAGAUGGAUGAAAGUGGUCGGUCAUCAAGCUUCCUUUUUGUCGUUCAGUGUAGCAGCUGGGAUUCCAACUACUUGUUUACUCAAAUGCAAUGCAAACGCAUGCUGCAAGUGUGUGCCAUGUUUUAUGGGUGUGUUUAAUAAAUUCUGUUAUCGAUGAUUGGGGCUGCUGUCAUAGUGCCUGGAACAUUUAUGCCAGGGAACAACUAAGUGCAAUAUGAAUUGCCAAACUUUCCAAACAUGUGACUUCUAUCAUACGUUACUUAAGAAAGUUUUAAAGUUUUAGUUGUAAUUUAAGAAAAUUGGUGUCAAAGCUAGUUACGAAUAUGGUACAUUCAUUAUUUUUGGGCGAAAGUGUUUUUCUACUAAAGUCAACAUA